AUGGGCUCUCGAUUCCUGCUCCUAAAAGACUGUCAUGAGAUGAGUAUUGAAAAUUUCCACCGAGUCAUUACGCUCACCACCUUUUCCGUGCCGGGAACAUUAGAUAGCAACACGUGGCCGCAGCUCUUCAACCCGCUGCGCGAAAAGUUCAAUAGCUCCAUGCCGUUUGGGCCCCCUGUCACUGAGGAAUACCGAUUAAACUGGCACAGGAUGUCGAACGUUUGGUUCAUGGCACUGGAGGAGGAUCGCUGGGCAGCGGAGAAAUUUGGGGCGAUGGCGAAACGAGAGAGCUGGGGCGGGGACGACGCGAGCAGCCAUGCCAUCUUCUGCCACCUGUAUCGCUGGACAGGAUUUAGCAAUCCUCGGAAGCAAGAGGCCACUGCAGCCGCGGACUUCGAGGCGGCUGAAAAAAGACAGAAUGCUCUCGCAAAGGCGAAGCCUCCUGCGACCGCCUAUGUACAGGAACGCUGGGCUAUUCGUUCCAUACCGUCGUUAAGGACGGAGGAAGACGUCGAAUAUGAGAACGCCGAGAAAGGAGAAGAGGCGGAAGAGUAA